GUUAGCAGUUUUCGCAGGUGAUUACAAGCUGCGUAGCAGAAUCACGCUGUCUAACGCUUGUGCACGAGUGACUUCACCAUUUUGGAGAGAAGUCGAUUUUGUAGCUCGUGGUAUCACAGCGCACUUAGCGUGAACAUGGAUGAACACUGUAAAGUGUACAAGCAAGGUUAUCUCUUGAAAUCACCACCUCUAAAUGUUUCAGAUCAAACAAAGGGUUUUAAGCGAUGGCGGAAACGAUGGUGUGUCUUGUUGUCGGACUCUCGUAGCCAAGUCAGCCUUUAUUAUUACAAAAAUGAAAACGCAUUCAUUCGGAACAAGUUUCCUCUUGGCAUUAUUCCUACUGACGAGGUUUUCUCUUGUGAGGCGGGAUUACCUGUGAACACUGGCAACAGCAGGUACAAAUUUGUAUGGAAAAUGCAUCUCUCUAGACGCAAAUUUUACCUCGCCUCGGAUUCCAGCUAUGAAAUGAACCUAUGGGUCGAGGCCGUCCUGAAGGUGGUUCCUCAUCUUGCUUCUAGGGACAGACGGCAGAGUGCAGGAGAGAUGAGUCAGGAUGCUCAUUCUUCAGCUGCAAGUGCAGUCUCUAUGUGUGAAAACACAAGCCAGGAACGGGAUGAAUGGUCUGAUUGGGAUAGUGAUGAGCAGGAUUUUGACGGAGAAAGUUCAGACAAUUUUCAUUUUCCUUCUCCUCCGCCUCCACUUCCACCUGUGCCAAAUUUUCGCUUUCCUCCUGUUUGCUAGUAGCUAGUGUUUUAGUUAAGCAUUUAUAUAUACAUUAUAUUAUGAGGUUAGGGAUGCAUAGCUAUACUUGACAAUGGGAGCAGCAUUCUGUAUUCUAUGUUGAUGACAUUGUAACAAGAAACUACAUGUACUCUAAUGUUUGUAACUUGUAGAUAAACAUGUUAAACUGACUUGCUUUGGUAGAAGUGGACAUUCAACUAUACAAUUGGCAAGGUGGACAGAUAUUCAAACUUUACAUUUAAUUGUAAUUUUGUAAAUUUGGUUUUGUUUUAUGAAUAUGUAAAAUUGAAAGCAGAAUUACAG